AUGGCUAAAGGGUUCAAGCUGAAAUUCAAUAUCCCUUUAUUCCAAAUGUGUCGUUCAAAAGACCCUUCCGCUUUCCCUGGAAACCCUGUAGUUCCUGCAAUAUACCGUCUUUCUCCGGUGAACCCUAAAGAGCAUGACAUUGGAUACCCUUCAAGCCUGUUAGUACCUCCUCCGCCACCCUCCUCGCCGGAACACAGGGGUAGUAAGGUCUCUUCAAGAAUCAUGUCCUUACGCCAAAUGUGCCGUGACGACCACCGCGACAAGCAAGUAAACACCAGAGGCAGGAGAAGCAACGUGGCGGUUGACAACGAAGAAGAAAGCGAGUCUCUAAUUUCUUGCACCACAAGUUUCUCGGACGAUUCUUAUUCUCUCAAACCGGAGAGAGAGUUAGUUAGCAGCAGCAGUGGCAGCAGGAGGCACAUGAGGAGGAUAAGCAGCGUGAAGAAGGUUCAGAGAAUGAGGUUCAACACUGCGAGAUUAGAACUACCGGAAACAGAACAAGUGAAGAAGACAAAGACAAAGACGAAGACGAAGGUUGUGUCGACGGCAUCAACCACAAGGAUGAGGCGGAGCAGCGCGGAGGGGAAGGUGAGGGAGAGCUUUGCGGUGGUGAAGAAGUCGAAGGAUCCGUAUGAAGACUUCAAGAGAUCAAUGGUGGAGAUGAUAAGGGAGAUGGAGAUGCGUGAUGCAGAGGAUUUGCAGCAACUGCUUCAGUGUUUUUUGGCUCUGAACUCGAGGUGCUAUCACGAUGUGAUUGUGCGUGCUUUCAUGGAGAUAUGGCAAGAGAUGUUCGUUAUGAAGCCUGCGUCCUCCAACACCAAAGAGAUCAAUUGCAACUAG